AUGACGAAUGUUCAGAACAUCGCAACGGCUGAGACCGGGUUUGGUUUGGAUGUGUACAAUGAGCUUUCUCUGGCCCAACCGAAUGCUAAUGUAUUUUUCUCCCCACUCAGUUUGUUGCUGGCCCUGGCCAUGACUCUGCUCGGCUCUAAUGAUAAUACAGCCACAGAGCUGAAAAAGGUUCUCCAUUUGGAUCAACUUCAGGAUGAUGCAAUCCACCAGAGUAUGAAACUCUUCCACGAGCAACUCAUGAACACUGGAAGUAAGCACACCUUAAACAUCGCCAACAAAAUAUUCCUCGAACAAUCGGAAAAUAUUUUAGCAAGUUUCAACGAAUCAUGUAACAUGUUCUAUGGGAGUAGUGUCCAACGUGUCGAUUUCAAGAACAAAGCAUCGGAAUGUGAGACAAUAGUGAAUAAUUGGGUCCAGCAACAAACAAACGAUAAGAUCAAAAAUUUGAUACCUCAAGGAACUUUCGACUCUAUGACAAAAAUCGUUCUAGUGAACGCUUUGCAUUUCAAAGGCAGUUGGAAUAAGGAAUUCUACAAAAGUAUGACUGUUGAUAAAAAUUUUAAAACAUCCCAAGGGCUAACUGUUAGAGUUCCUUUCAUGAAUAGGGUGAACGAAGUUAUGAAAUACUAUUACGACGACAAGCUUGAAAGUCAAAUUUUAGAAGUACCUUUUUUUGGCGCCGCUGCAAGUUUCAUUGUAAUCCUACCAAAUUUGACUCAAACUAGUUUGCCUGAAAUGGAAAAAAAACUAACCCCUACUUUGUUAUCAAGAAUUUCAGAAAAUUUAGCUAAUUGGCUGGUUACAAUACGACUGCCCAAAUUUAAGCUAGAAACAACUCCAGAUGUUCUUGGUAUUUUGAAAAAAUUAGGACUCUCUGAAUUGUUUUUGCAAGGAAAAGCUGAUUUGUCAAAAAUAAAUGGUGCUAGAGAUCUGUACGUGUCUGACGUUAAGCAGAAAGCAUUCAUUGAAAUCGACGAGGUGGGAGUAGAGGCAGCUGCCGCAACAGCUGUGAUCGUGUCAGUAAUGAGUGCAUUCAUUCCUCCUCAAAUCCCAAGGGUUGAAGUCAAUGCUGAUCAUCCAUUUGUAUUUCUGAUCAAGGAGAAUACUUCGGGAGCAAUUUUGUUCAUGGGCAAAUUGAACAAUCCUUAA